AUGCAUAGUAAAAACAGGGUGUGGGUCUUUGGUGGUCAAGGGAAGCAGUACGUGGUCUUCUUCACAGUAUCUGCUCUUUCCAGAGCACGCACUGUGAUAGAAGCCAGUGCAAAGCUUAGGACUUACACAAGUAUUGCAUGCUUAAAGGAACUAGGUGCUGAAGAUUUGGACUGGGACUUCUCAUCUUCUGGUGUCUUUGCUGGGCUGAAGAUUGACCCUGAUACUCUAGUAAAGAAGCUCGACUUGGACUCCAGAAGCAUCAUUUCCUCCAGAACAGGUUUAGAAGAAAAAACGGUUCUUUCCAAAAAAGAAAAAAUGAAGCUGAGGAAAGAAAGGUGGCUACAGAAAAUAGAAAGCGUGAAGCUAGCCAAGCAGAAACAAAAAGCCGAAGCAAAGCGUAAGGCAACACCUGUGGUGGGAGACAUGCAGCCAUUGAUGGAAGCCCUACCUGAGCUCUCCGACCUGACCACAGGUGGCAGGGGCAGGAAGCCACCCAAGAGCCAUGUAAAAGCAAAGGCAGAACCAACAGACUUCUGUCUGAUGAAACAAGCUCAGAAACGCCGACUCUUAGAGAAGGAAGUGGCUCAGUUUCAUGAGGUCAUCACCGAUCCCAGGUUCAGAGCCAACCCCCUUAUGGCCAUCAGCGAGCAUCUCUCCAAGAGGCUGAGGCAGGAGGAAGAAAGUAACCCCCUCUAGGGUGUCAGCUGGGACCGAAUGUGCACACUGGAGCUGGUGUGAGGGUGCGGGGCUGCAAAGGAGCACAUCACUAACAUGACCUCUCAGCCACUUCAGUCCUUGGAAGCAGUUCAGCAGAUUAUUAAAUCCAACAGUCCUGUUUUCCGUCUGCAGGAAUAAUGCAGUUCUCUCCUGACAGUGGCAGCUGCUCCUUGGCAAGCAGCCUGCAGAGAGCAGGGUGUGCUGCAAGAUCUUUGUGCAGACAUUAAGCUCCCUGCAAAGUGUCUUGACACCUUUUCUCUCCUUGUGAGCAGGCACAAUUCCUUAAAUUAUGCCAGUGGCAACGUAUCUGGUUUCUGUCAUUUCCUCCACUUUCUGACAACUCUGAAAAGAGAUUCCCUACGCUCUGUAGAGAUGGUUCAAGAUCCCAAGCCCUGGAGCCCAGAAGGCUGUUGUAGAUCUGUGUAAGGACUGAUGCUGCUGUUCAGAGACAUUGUUUUAUGUGAGAAAUUUAGCUUUGGAAUAAACACUUUCACACAGUA